CGCGAACGCGCAAGCGGGUGGCCGGCCAUCCGGAGCGCGGCCUGGCCCCGAGCGCAGACAGGCCGCGGCCGCCACCCGAGUCUCCUCGCAGCCCGGCAUGCCGUCCGCGGGCCUGCCCUGAACGCGGCCGCCUGCGCGCGGGCGGGCCUCGGCGCUGGCCGGGGCCAUGCGCGCGCUGCGCUGACGAUGCCACCCGCCCGCCUGGCGCUGGCCCUGGGCCUGGGCCUGUGGCUCGGGGCGCUGGCGGGGGCCCCCGGGCACGGCUGCGGGCCGUGCCCGUCCCCCUGCCUGUGCAGCCCAGCGCCCGGGGCCGCCUGCCGCGUCAACUGCUCGGGCCGCGGGCUGCGGACGCUGGAGCCGGCGCUGCGCAUCCCCGCGGACGCCACAGCUCUGGACCUCUCCCACAACCUGCUCCGGGCGCUGGACGCCGAGCUCCUGGCCAACCUCUCAGCGCUGCUGGAGCUGGACAUAAGCAGCAAUAAGAUUUCUGCGUUGGAAGAAGGAACAUUUGUUAAUUUAUUUAACUUAAGUGAAAUAAACCUGAGCGGGAACCCAUUCGAGUGUGGCUGUGGCUUGGCAUGGCUGCCACGCUGGCUGGAGGAGCAGCAGGUUCGUGUGGUCCAGCCGGAGGCAGCCACAUGUGCGGGACCAGCCCCCCUGGCUGGUCAGCCGCUGCUCAGCAUCCCCUUGCUGGACAGUGGCUGUGGUGAGAAAUACGUCGCCUGCCUCCCAGACAACAGCUCGGGCAUUGUAGCCACCGCAGCCUUCACUGCCCUCGGAGGACAACUGGGCCCUGAAACCUGCAGCGCCUUCUGCUUCUCCACUGGCUGGGAGCUGGCAGCCCUCUCAGAGCAGGGCGAGUGCCUGUGUGGGGCUCCUCAGCCCCUCAACACCUCCUUGGCCUGCCUGUCCCUGUGCUCCAGCCCCCCGCCUUCUCCCAGCCCUGCCUGUGGGGGCCCGAGCCUGCUCCAGCACGUCUUUCCUGCCUCCCCAGGGGCUGUCCUGGAGGGGCCCCGUGGACCCCUGGCCUCUGGCUGGCCCGCAGCUUUCCACAUCGCCGCCCCCCUCCCCAUCCAAUCCACCCACUGGGACUUCGGCGACGGCUCUCCCAAGACAGACACAGCUGGCUCAGCCACCACCCACCGCUACCUGCUGCCGGGGCACUAUCAUGUGACGGCCUUGCUGGCCCUAGGGGCUGGCUCUGCCGUGCUGGACACAGAAGUGUGGGUGGAGGCAGCGCCUGCUGCCCUGGGGCUCGUGUGUCCGCCUUUGGUGCGCAGUAAUGAGAGCCUCCAGCUUGGAGUCCAGAACCGUGGGGGCUCAGGCCUUGAGGCCACCUAUAGCAUCAUGGCCCUGGGCGAGGAGCCGGCUCAAGUGGUGCACCCACUCUGCGCUUCGGACACGGAGAUCUUCUCUGGCAAUGGCCAUUGCUACCGCCUGGUGGCCGAGAAAGCGCCCUGGCUGCAGGCACAGGAGCAGUGCCGAGCCUGGGCCGGGGCCGCUCUGGCUAUGGUGGACAGUCCUGCAGUCCAGCACUUCUUGGUCUCCCAAGUUACCAGGAGCCUGGACGUGUGGAUUGGCUUCUCAGCAGCUGAGGGAGCAGAGGCUGAGGCAGGCGCGACCACUCAAGGCUCAGCCUUCAGCCUGGAGAGCUGCCAGAACUGGCUGCCCGGGGAGCCACACCCAGCCACGGCCGAGCACUGUGUACGGCUUGGGCCUGCUGGCCAGUGCAACACAGACCUGUGCUCCGCCCCACACAGCUACGUCUGCGAGCUGCGGCCUGGAGGCCCUGUGUGGGACGCUGAGAACUUCCUUGUGGGUGUGCCCCGUGGGGAGAUACAGGGACCCCCAAGACUGCUGGCAUCACAGAGCAUGCUCCAGGUGCCCCGGGAGCCUGUGGAGGUCAUGGUGUUCCCGGGCCUGCACCUGCACCGGGAAGCCUUCCUGACCGCGGCGGAGUUUGAGACGCUGGAGCUUAGGCAGCCUGCCCAGCUGCGGCUGCAGGUGUACCGGCCCUCAGGAGCAGAAGGAGCCUCAGGAAACAGCACUGAGCCUGCGGGCAGGUCCCUGGAGAACAAGUUCCAGCCAGCCACCGAGGGCCUGUCUCAGGGAUGCAGCUGCCCUGGCGGUCAAGACUGCCUUUCUCGGGACUGUGCCAACAGGUCUGCGUCAGGGCUCUGGCGCCCCGCGGCCGCCUACGUGCUGUGGAGGGAGUUCCUGUUGGCCGUGCCUGCGGGGCCUCCUGCGUACUACUCGGUCUCCUUCAGCGACCAGGAUGCCCCCAUGCUCCCUGGGGACCUCGUCGGCUUGCAGCAUGAUGCUGGCCCUGGUGCCUUCCUGCACUGCCCCCUGGCACCCAGCCACCCUGGCCUUGAGGCCCGUUACCUCUCCAGCAAUUCCUCUGCCUGGCUGGCCCACCUGCCUACCAAGCUGCAGGAUUCUCCGGCCGGCCGCACCUGUGCCCUGUGGCUGCUUGCGGCCACAGAGCAGCUUACCCCACUGCUGGGCCUGACACCCAACCCUGGGUUGCCACGGCCCGGGCGUUACAAGGUCCAGGCUACGGUGGGCAACUCUGUGUCCAGACACAACCUGUCCUGCAGCUUUGAUGUGGUCUCCCCGGUGACUGGGCUGCGCGUCACCUACCCUGCCACCCAGGAUGGCCAACUGUACAUGCCAACCGGCGGCUCUGUGCUACUGCUCCAGGUGGACUCGGGAGCCAACGCCACUGCCACAGCUCGCUGGACUGGGGGCAAUGUCAGCGCUCCCUUCAUGGCCACCUGCCCUGCCGCUACAGCCGCCCUCGUGCCUGCCUGUGCUCAGGAGACCAGUGAUACCCUUUUCGCAGUGCUGGUGCUGCCCGCAUUGCGGGAGGGUGAGCACACGGUGGAGGUUGUGGCUGAGAACAGUGCCAGCCAUGCCAACCUCAGCCUGCGGGUGACUGCUGAGGAGCCCAUCCGAGGCCUCCACGCCUCGCCCAGUCCCGAGAACCGUGUCCUACAGGGCGUCCUGGUGAGGUACAGCCCUGUGGUGGAGGCCGGCUCCGACGUGACCUUCCGCUGGACCAUUGAUGACAAGCAAUCCCUGACCUUCCACAACAUGGUCUUCAAUGUCAUUUACCAGAGCGCAGCCAUCUUCAAGCUCUCGCUGACAGCCUCCAACCAUGUGAGCAAUGCGACCGUGGACUACAACGUCACGGUGGAGCGCAUGAACAGGAUGUGCGGCUUGCAGGUGUCUGCAGUGCCGGCCGUGCUGUCCCCCAACACCACCCUAGAGCUGACGGCCAGCGUGCUGGUGGACUCGGCCGUGGACGUGACCUUCCAGUGGACCUUUGGCGAUGGGCAGCAAGUGGCAGGUCAGUUCAAGCCGCCGUAUGAUGAGUUCUUCCAGGUCCCAGACCCCACUGUGGCCCAGGUGCUGGUUCAGCACAGCACCACCCACGUCUACACCAGCCCAGGUGAGUACAACCUGACGGUCCUCGUGUCUAACACCUUUGAGAACCUGACGCAGCAGGUCCCCGUGAGUGUGCGCAGCACCCUGCCCUCAGUGGCAUUGUGCGUGAGCAGCAGUGUCUUGGUGGCUGGCCGGCUCGUCACCUUCCUGCCUUGCCCGCUGCCCUCGCCUGGGGGCAUCCUGUACACCUGGGAUUUGGGGGACGGCUCCCCUGCCCUGACACAGAGCCAGCCAGCAGUCAGCCACACCUAUGCCCAUGGGGGCAGCUACCGCGUUCGCCUGGAGCUCAACAACACCGUGAGCAGUGUGGAGGCCUGCGCCGACGUGCUCGUCCUGCACGAGCCACGGGGCUUGAGCGUGCUGGUGAGCCCCGCGGUGGAGCAGGGUGCCCCUGUGCUGGUGAGCGCCACCCUGGAGGCGGGCGACAACAUCACCUGGACGUUUGACAUGGGGGACGGCACGGUAUUCUCUGGCCCCGAGGCCAAGGUGCAGCAUGUGUACCUGCGGGCUCAGAACUACACCGUGACCGUGCGUGCGGCCAGCCCUGCUGGCUACCUGGCCCAGAGCGUGCAUGUGCAGGUGUUUGUCCUGGAGGUGCUGCGCAUUGAACCUUCUGGCUGCAUUCCCACGCAGCCUGGCGUGCAACUCACGGCACAUGUCACUGGUGACCCUGCCCACUACCUGUUUGACUGGACCUUUGGGGAUGGUUCCUCAAAUAGGAGCAUCUGGGGGCACCCCACAGUGACCCACAACUUCACGCGGAGUGGCACGUUUCCCCUGGUGCUGGUCCUGUCGAGCCAUGUGAACAAGGCGCACUACUUCACGAGCGUGUGUGUGGAGCCCGAGCUGGGCAAUGUCACCCUGCGGCCCCAGCAGCAGUUUGUGCGGCUUGGGGACGAGGCCCGCCUGGUGGCUCACGUCUGGCCCUCAUUUCCCUACCGCUAUACCUGGGACUCGGGCGCCCAGGAUGCCAGCCCCGCCCGCACUGGGGGCCCUGAGGCGACAUUCACAUUUCGAGAGCCCGGCUCCUACCUGGUGACCGUGUGUGUGUCUAACAACGUGUCUGCUGCCAAUGACUCGGCUCUGGUGGAGGUGCAGGAGCCCGUGGUGGUCACGGGCAUAAGGGUCAACAGCUCUCGUGUGCUGGAGCCGCAGAAGCCCUACCUGUUGGCUGCCGUAGGCCGUGGGCGCCCUGCUUCCUACCAGUGGGAGCUGGGGGAUGGGGCCUGGCUCGAGGGCCCUGCGGUCGUUCACAGCUACAACAGCACUGGCGACUUCACCGUCAGGGUGGCCGGCUGGAACGAGGUGAGCCGCAGCGAGUCCCAGCUCAACAUCACAGUCAAGCAGCGUGUACGAGGGCUCCGUGUAAAUGCCAGCCGCACGGUAGUGCCACUGAAUGGCAGCGUGAGCUUCAGCACCACCCUGGAGGCCGGGAGUGACGCACGCUAUUCAUGGGUGCUGUGUGACCGCUGCACGUCCAUCCCCGGGGGCCCCGCCAUCUCCUACACCUUCCGCUCCGUCGGCACCUUCACCAUCACCGUCACGGCAGAGAACGAGGCGGGCGCCGCCCAGGACAGUGUCCUCAUCUAUGUCCAGGAGCUCAUCGAAGGGCUGGAGGUGCUGGGCGGAGGUGACGCCUGCUGCUUCCCCACCAACCACACGCUGCAGCUGCAGGCUUCCGUCCGGGAGGGCACCAACAUCUCCUUCAGCUGGAAUGCCCAGAGCGAGGGUGGCCUGCCCCUCACCGGCAGUGGCAAGGGCUUUGCGCUCACUGCGCUCCAGGCUGGCACCUACCACAUCCUGCUGCGGGCCACCAACAUGCUGGGCAGUGCCCUGGCCAACCGCACGGUGGACUUUGUGGAGCCUGUGGGCUGGCUGACCGUAGCUGCCUCCCCAAACCCGGCUGCUGUCAAUACGUGUGUCACCCUCCGUGCUGAGCUGGCCAGCGGCAGUGGCAUCACUUACACCUGGUCCUUGGGUGAAGAACUGAGCUGGGAGACCCCUGUGCCCUCUAGCACACACACCUUUCCCACAUCUGGCCUGUACCAGGUCACAGUCACAGCGUGGAAUCAGCUAGGCGCGGCCAAUGCCACUGUUGAGGUGGCUGUGCAGGUGCCUGUGAGUGGUCUCACCAUCAAGGCUGGUGACCUGGACAGCAGCUUUGUGGCGGUCGGUUCCACCGUGCCCUUCUCGGGGCAGCUGGCUGCAGGCACCAACGUGACCUGGUGCUGGGACGUGCCUGGUGGCAGCAGGUAUGGCCAACAUGUUGCCGUGGGCUUCCCUGCGGCCAGCACCUUCUCCAUCAAGCUCAAUGCCUCCAACGCGGUCAGCUGGCUUGUAGCCGUGCACAACCUCACGGUGGAAGAGUCUAUCGUAGGCCUGGUGCUGUGGGCCAGCAGCGAGGUGGCGGCGCCCAGGCAGCCUGUCCACUUCCAGAUCCUUCUGGCUGCCGGCUCGGCCGUCACCUUUCGCCUACUGGUUGACGGGGUUGGUCCCGAGGUACUCCCCGGGCCCUAUUUUUCCCGCAGCUUUUCCUGGGUCGGAGACCACGUGGUAAGUGUCCAGGCCAAUAACCAUGUGAGCCGGACGCAGGCCCAGGUGCGUGUUUCAGUGCUGGAGCCCGUGGCGGGGCUGCAGGUGCCCCACUGCUGUGAGCCAGGCAUCCCCACGGGCACUGAGCAGAACUUCACAGCACGCGUGCGCCAGGGCUCUCGUGUCGCCUAUGCCUGGUACUUCUCCCUGCAGAAGGUGCAGGGUGACUCGCUGGUCAUCCUGUCAGGCCGGGACGUCACCUACACCCCCGUGGCAGCGGGGCUCCUGGAGAUCCAUGUGCGGGCCUUCAAUGCACUGGGUGGCGUGAACCUGACGCUGGCCCUGGAGGUGCAAGACGUCAUCCAGUAUGUGGAGCUGCGCAGGGGCCACUGCUUCACCAACCGCUCUGCCCACUUUGAGGCUGCCACAAGUCCCAGCCCACGACGGGUGGCCUACCGCUGGGACUUUGGGGAUGGGGCUCCAGUGCAGGACACAGGGGAACCCUGGGCUGACCACUCCUACCUGCAGCCUGGGGACUACCGUGUGGAGGUGAACGCCUCUAACCUGGUGAGCUUCUUCGUGGCGCAGGCCACAGUGAGCGUCCAGGUGCUGGCCUGCGAGGAGCCUGAGGUGGACGUGGCCCUGCCGCUGCAGGUCCUCAUGAGACGCUCACAGCGCAACUACCUCGAAGCCCACGUUGACCUGCGUGACUGUGUCAUCUACCAGACUGAGUACCGCUGGGAGGUGUACCGCGCUGCCAGCUGCCAGCGGCUGGCCCACUCUGCUCGUGUGACCCUGCCUGGUGUGGACGUGAGCCGGCCCCAGCUGGUGGUGCCUCGACUGGCCCUGCCUGUGGGCCACUACUGUUUUGUGUUUGUGGUGUCAUUUGGGGAUACGCCAUUGGCACGCAGCAUCCAGGCCAAUGUGACUGUGGCUGCCGAGCGCCUGGUGCCCAUCAUUGAGGGGGGCUCCUAUCGGGUAUGGUCGGACACCCAGGACCUGGUGCUGAAUGGCAGUGAGUCCUAUGACCCGAACCUGGAGGGUGGAGAGCAGACGCCUCUGAGCUGCCACUGGGCCUGCGUGGCCUCCACACAGACCGAGGCUGGCGUGUGCACCCUGAACUUCGGGCCCCGAGGGAGCAGUGUGGUCACCAUCCCCAGGGAUCGCCUGGAAGCCGGUGUGGAGUAUACCUUCAACCUCACCGUGUGGAAGGCAGGCCGGAAGGAGGAGGUCACCAGCCAAACGGUGCUGAUCCGCAGUGGCCGAGUGCCCAUUGUGUCCUUGGAGUGUGUGUCUUGCAAGGCGCGGGCGGUGUAUGGGGUGAGCCGCAGCUCCCACGUGUACCUGGAGGGCCGUUGUCACAACUGCAGCCGCGGCUCCAAACGAGGGCGCUGGGCCGCACGCACCUUCAGCAACAAGACGCUGGUACUGGACAAGACAACCACAUCCACUGGCAAUGCGGGCAUGCGGCUGGUGGUGCGCCGUGGUGUGCUGCGGGACGGCGAAGGCUACACGUUCACGCUCACGGUGCUGGGACGCUCGGGUGAGGAGGAAGGCUGCGCUUCCAUCCGGCUGGCCCCAAACCGGCCGCCACUUGGGGGUGCCUGCCGCCUCUUCCCGCUGGAGGCCGUGCGUGCCCUCACCACCAAGGUGCAUUUCGAGUGUACAGGGUGGUGGGAUGCAGAGGAUGCGGGUGCACCCCUGGUAUAUGCACUGCUGCUGCGCCGCUGUCGCCAGGGCCACUGCGAGGAGUUCUGGAUCUAUAAAGGCAGCCUUGCGGCCUACUCGGCUGUGCUCCCACCCGGCUUCCGGCCGCACUUCCAGGUGGGCCUGGCUGUGGUGGUGCAGGACCAGCUGGGGGCCGCCGUGGUCGCCCUCAACAGGUCUCUGGUCAUUGCCCUGCCUGAGCCCAACGGCAGCUCCCCCAGCCUCACGGCCUGGCUGCAUGGCCUCACAGCCAGUGUGCUGCCUGGGCUGCUGCGUCAGGCUGACCCCCAACAUGUCAUCGAAUACUCACUGGCCCUGGUCACUGUGCUGAAUGAGUACGAGCAGGUGCUGGAUGCGGCCGCAGAGGCAGAGCAGGAGCAGCAGCUGCGGGCCCAGAUGCGCAAGAACAUAACAGAGACCCUGGUGUCCCUGCGGGUCAACACGGUGGACGACAUCCAGCAGAUCACCGCCGCGCUGGCCCAGUGCACGGUGUCCAGCAGGGAACUGGUGUGUCGCUCCUGCUUGAAGAAGACACUGCACAAGCUGGAGGGCAUGAUGCGCAUCUUACAGGCCGAGACCACCGAGGGCACUGUGACACCCAUGGGCAUCGCUGACAGCAUCCUCAACAUCACAGGGGACCUCAUCCACCUGGCUGGCCUGGACCUGCAGGGCACCCAGCUGGCAGAGCCGGGCACAGAGCCAGCUGCCCUGAUGGUGGCCUCCAGGGCCUACAACCUGUCUUCCGCCCUCAUGUGCAUCCUUAUGCGUUCCCGCGUGCUCAACGAAGAGCCUCUGACUCUGGUUGGCGAGGAGAUUGUGGCCCAGGGCAAGCGCUCGGACCCACUGAGCCUGCUGUGCUAUGGCAAUGCCUCGGGGCCCGGCUGCCACUUCUCCAUCCCCGAGGCCUUCAGUGGGGCCCUGGCGCCACUCAGCGAUGUGGUGCAACUCAUGCUGCUCGUGGACUCCAACCCUUUCCCCUUUGGCUACAUCAGCAACUACACAGUCUCCACCAAGGUGGCGUCCAUGGCCUUCCAGACGCAGGCUGGCACCCACAUCCCCAUUGAGCGUCUGGCCUCGGAACGUGCCAUCACUGUGAAGGUGCCCAACAACUCGGACCAGGCCUCCUGGGGGCCCCAGGCGUCUGCGGGCUCUGCCAUCAUUCAGCCCCAGGCCUCAGUCAGCGCCGUGGUGGCCCUGGGCAGCAGUAACCCUGCGGCAGGGCUGCACCUGCAGCUCACGUACACGCUGGUGAACGGGCACUACCUGUCUGAGGAACCUGAGCCGUACCUGGCUGUGUACCUGCACUCGGAGCCCCGGCCCAAUGAGCACAACUGCUCGGCCAGCAGGAGGAUCAGCCCGGAGCUGCUCACGGGCUCCGACCACAGACCCUACACCUUCUUCAUCGCCCCAGGGACACGAGCACCCAGUGGCAGUUACUACCUGAACCUGACUAGCCACUUCCGCUGGUCGGCGCUGGAGGUGUCCGUGGGCAUCUACACGGCCCUGUGCCAGUACUUCAGUGAGGAGGACAUGAUGUGGAAGACGGAGGGGCUCAUGCCCCUGGAGGAGACCUCGCCCAGCCAGGCCGUGUGUCUCACACGCCACCUCACUGCCUUUGGUGCCAGCCUCUUUGUGCCCCCCAGCCGUGUCCACUUCAUCCUCCCCGACCCGGCUGCAGGUAUGAACUACGUCACCUUGCUGACCUGUGCCGUGUGCCUGGGGGGCUACGCGGUCAUGGCCGUGAUCCUGCGCAAGCUGGACCAACUCGACCUGCACCACAUCCGCGUCAUCCCUUUCUGCGGGAAAAGGGGCCGCUUCAAGUAUGAGAUUGUGGUCAAGACCGGCUGGGGCAGGGGCUCAGGCACCACGGCGCACGUGGGCAUCAUGCUGUAUGGGGCAGACAGCCGCAGCGGCCACCGGCACCUGCACGGGCACAGGGCCUUCCACCGCAACAGCCUUGACAUCUUCCAAAUCGCCACCCCACACAGCCUGGGCAGCGUGUGGAAGAUCCGCGUGUGGCAUGACAACAAAGGGCUCAGCCCCGCCUGGUUCCUGCAGCAUGUGAUCGUCCGGGACCUGCAGAGCGCACGCAGCACCUUCUUCCCGGUCAAUGACUGGCUCUCGGUGGACACGGAGGCCAACGGCGGCCUGGUGGAGAAGGAGGUGUUGGCAGCAAGUGACGCAGCCUUGUGGCAGUUCCGACGCCUCCUGGUGGCCGAGCUGCAGCGUGGCUUCUUUGACAAACACAUCUGGCUGUCCGUGUGGGAUCGACGGCCCCGCAGCCGCUUCACCCGCGUGCAGAGAGCCACCUGCUGCGUGCUCCUGCUCUGCCUGUUCCUGGGCGCCAACGCCGUGUGGUAUGGGGUCGUGGGAGACGCCACCUACAGCACCGGGCCUGUGUCCAGGGUGGUCCCACUGAGCCUCGGCACGGCCGCCGUGGGCCUGGUGUCCAGCGUCAUCGUGUACCCUGUCUACUUGCUGAUCCUGUUCCUCUUCCGCAUGUCCCAAAGCAAGGUAGCUAGGGGCCUGGGCCAUGCCCCGCCAGGCCCGCCAGAGCUGGAUGGGGACAGCUGCAUGGACUCGUCUGUGCUGGACGGCACCUUUCUCAGCCUGGCAGGACUCCGGGCGGAGGCCUUUGCUGGGCACACAAAAAAUGACUCAUUUCUGGAAGAUUCCAACAGCCUGGCAUGCUGGCCGUCGAGCGAGGGGACAUUCAGCUGGCCAGACCUGCUCAGCGACCCGUCCAUCGUGGGCAGCACCCUGCAGCGGCUGGCAAGGGUCCGCAUGGGCCGGCUGCUGGGCGCAGAGGAGGACGGCGUGUCCCUGGCCAGCCCGUGCUCCCCGGCCAAGUACCUCUCAGCACUAGAUGAAGACCUGAUCCGGCAGGUCCUGGCUGACGGGGGAAGUGGCCUGACCUCCCAGGACCCAGAGAUGGAAACGGACCUGCUGACUGGCUUGUCUGGAGCCCCCGGGGAGAAGAUGGAGGUGCUGGCCCUGCAGAGGCUGGACAAGGCACCCCCAGCGGCCCCUGCGGCUCCCCUGUGCAGGGCAGGCCCGGCGGAGGGGCUGCGGAAGUGCCUGCUGCCGGCCUGGUGUGCCCCCCUGGCCCACGGGCUCAGCCUGUUCCUGGUGGCUGUGGCUGUGGGGGUCUCAGGGUGGGUUGGCACCAGUUUCCCCCCCAGUGUGAGCGUCACAUGGCUCCUAUCAAGUAGCUGCAGCUUCUUGGUCUCAUUCCUGGGCUGGGAGCCCCUGAAGGUCCUGUUGGAAGCCCUGUACUUCUCAGUGCUGGCCAAGCGCCUGCACCCCGACGAGGAAGACAGCCUGGUGGGAAGCCCGGCUGUGACGCCUGUGGGCGAGCAUGUGCCCCGUGUGCGCCCGCCCCAUGGCUUCGCGCUUUUCCUGGCCAAGGAGGAGGCCCGCAAGGUCAAGAGGCUGCACGGCAUGCUGAAGAGCUUCCUGGUGUACACGCUUUUCCUGCUGGUGACGCUGCUCGCCAACUACGGGGACGCCUCGUCGCACAGCCACGCCUACCGCCUGCAGAGCGCCAUCAAGCAGGAGCUGGCCAGCAGGGCCUUCCUGGCCAUCACGCGGUCUGAGGAGUUCUGGCCGUGGGCGUCCCGCGUGCUGCUUCCCUCCGUGCACGGGAACCAGGCCAGCCCGGAGCUGGGGCCUCCGCGGCUGCGGCAGGUGCGGCUACGGGAAGGGCUGUGCCCGGAGGGCCCCGGCGCAGGACCGCGCGCCUGCUCGGCCUCGGGCAGCUUCAGCACCGGCGACUACAGCGUGGGCUGGGGGCGCGAAGCCCACAACGGCUCUGCCCCGUGGGCCUACUCGGCGCCUGACCUGCCGGGCACCUGGUCCUGGGGCCACUGCGCCGUGUACGACAGCGGGGGCUACGUGCAGGAGCUGGGCCCGAGCCUGGAGGAGAGCCGCGCGCGCCUGCGCUUCCUGCGGCGGCACAACUGGCUGGACGACAGGAGCCGCGCCGUGUUCGUGGAGCUCACGCGCUACAGCCCGGCCGUGGGGCUGCACGCCGCCGUCACCCUGCGCCUCGAGUUCCCCGCGGCCGGCCGCGCCCUGGCCACGCUCAGCGUCCGCCCGUUCGCGCUGCGCCGGCUCAGCGGGGGGCUGUCGCUGCCGCUGCUCACCUCGGUGUGCCUGCUGCUCUUCGCGCUCUGCUUCUCCGUGGCCGAGGCCCACGCGUGGCGCAGCGAGGGGCGCGCGCGGGCGGCGCGGCCGGGGCCCUGGGCGAGGUGGCUGCUGGUGGCGCUGACGGCGGCCGCGGCGCUGGUGCGCCUGGCCCAGCUGGGCGCCGCCGACCGCCAGUGGGCACUGCUGGUGCGGGGCCGCCUGCGCCGCUUCACCAGCUUCGAGCAGGUGGCCCAGCUGGGCGCCGCUGCCCGCGGCCUGGCGGCCUCGCUGCUCUUCCUGCUGCUGGUCCAGGCCGCCCGGCAGCUGCGCUUCGUGCGCCAGUGGUCCAUCCUGGGCAAGACGCUGCGCCGGGCCCUGCCGGAGCUGGCCGGAGCCGCCGUGGGCCUGCUGCUGCUGGGCGCCGCCUACACGCAGCUGGCCGUGCUGCUCGUCUCCUCCGCAGACAGCCUCCGGAGCGCGGCGGGGGCCCUCGUGGUGCUGUGCCCCGGGGCCGGGCUCGGGGGGCCCGCGCCGUGCCCUGCUGGCUCCUGGUCCCUGUUCCCGCUGCUGUGCGCGGGGCUGUGGGCCCUGCGGCUGUGGGGCGCGCUGCGGCUGGGCGCCGUGGUGCUGCGCUGGCGCUACCGCGGGCUGCGUGGGGAGCUGUACCGGCCGGCCUGGGAGCCGCAGGACCACGAGAUGGUGCAGCUGUUCCUGCGCAGGCUGCGCCUCUGGCUGGGCUUCAGCAAGGCCAAGGAGUUCCGCCACAAAGUGCGCUUCGAGGGCAUGGAGCCCCUGCCCUCCCGUUCCUCCCGGGGCUCCAAGGCGUCAGAUGCCCGCCUGCCCAGCGCUGGUUCCGAUGCCUCCCACCCUUCCACGUGCUCCAGUCAGCUGGACGGCCCUGGUCCUGGGCGCCCGGGCGUGCGCGGGGAGCCAGAGCCUUCCCGGCUGCAUGCGGUGUUCGAGGCCCUACUGGCACAGUUCGACCGGCUCAACCAGGCCACGGAGGAUGUCUACCAGCUGGAGUGGCGGCUACAGAGUCUCCUGCCUGCCUCUGACCCCGGCCCGGGCCCGAGGCCUGCCCAGGCUGGCUGGGGCACGGACGCGGCCCCAGGCCCCACCAGGACCUCUGCACAGGCCAGGAACAGGGUGCACCCCAGCAGCACCUAGCCCUGGGGGAACCAGUACCGCUCAGUAUUACCUU